AUGAACAAGUUCAUGAGCAACUUAUGGAAUGCCGGGGAGUUCCAAGCGGUGCUCGACGGUGGCUUGGUGGGCAAGGAGGAGGCUCCUCUGGUGGGUGCUGAUGGAAGCCGAGGUGGUGGGGAUGGAGGAGGAAGCGGCAUAUGCCCGCAGGGGUCCUUCUCCUUGCCUCCCUGGCUGUGCCGGAAGACAGUGGAGGAGGUGUGGGCUGAGAAUAACAUGGAGCCCCAACCGGUGCAUGCCCAGCCUUAG